CUAGGGUGUCAUAGUUACUAUAGCGCAUGAUGUGGAGAAUGCUAGAAGAGCAGUUGGGUGAAGCAGGGCCACCAAAUAUCCUUGCCUCCUGGAGACCUCUGGAAACCCCAGUGAGUGUGGUCUGAGGUUGGGCCUCCCACCAUGCUUGCUCCUCUCAGUCCUACCCAGCACUGCCUCUCAAGCCUAGCUCAGGGCCCUGAAACUCCCCCUUGGGGCUUCCCUUCUCCCCAGCCCUCCCUCUUGGUGCCCUUCCUGGCUACCAUGGUAACAGGUUCCAGGGUAACAAAGGAGGGAGCUGGGUCCUGUUUCCUCCCAGUCCUGCCAAUAAGGAUUCUCAGAUCGUAGACACUGAAUUGUCACGCACCUAAUUGUGCUGUUUCUGUGUUCUCACCAGGGCUGAGCUCGAACUGCCACCUCUGCCAGCAGGACCAUGUGUACCAGCUUGACCACUUGUGAGUGGAAGAAAGUCUUCUAUGAGAAGAUGGAGGUGGCAAAGCCAGCAGACAGUUGGGAGCUCAUCAUAGACCCCAACCUCAAGCCCAGUGAGCUAGCCCCUGGCUGGAAGCAGUAUGUGGAGCAGCAUGCCUCAGGCAGGUUCCAUUGCUCCUGGUGCUGGCACACCUGGCAGUCUGCCCACGUGGUCAUCCUCUUUCAUAUGCAUCUGGACCGUGCCCGGCGGAUGGGCUCGGUGCGCAUGCGUGUCUUCAAGCAGCUGUGCUAUGAGUGCGGCACGGCGAGGCAGGACGAGUCCAGCAUGCUGGAGGAGAACAUCGAGGGCCUAGUGGACAACCUCAUCACCAGCCUGCGCGAGCAGUGCUACGACGAGGACGGUGGACAGUACCGCAUCCACGUGGCCAGCCGCCCGGACAGCGGGCCACAUCGUACAGAGUUCUGCGAAGCCUGCCAGGAGGGCAUCGUGCACUGGAAGCCCAGCGAGAAGCUGCUGGAGGAGGAGGCGACCGCCUACACCUUCUCUGAAGCCUCCAAGCCGAGGGCCCAGGCAGGAUCCGGUUAUAAUUUCUUGUCUCUUCGUUGGUGCCUCUUCUGGGCCUCUCUCUGCCUGCUCGCUGUCUACCUGCAGUUCUCCUUCCGCAGCCCUGCCUUCCUUUAGUGGAGCUGGUUAAGCGUGGGAGAGGACACACGGGCUUGAGAGUGGGGAGGACACAGUCUGAUCUUGAUCCUGCUACAGAUUCAGCAUAUGACUGGACAGCCCGGUCACCUCUCUGGGCCUCAGUUUAUGCAUCUGUGGAAUGAGGGGAUUGCAUUAGAAGAUAUGUAAUGAUUCUUUCAUUGGAUGUGGCAAUAAAGGGGGGAAGGGGAAAAGGGUGUAAUAAAGGUUUUAGAGCUUGC